UUUCGAUGUGACUCGCUGGUGAAAUGCAGCCUCCUCAUUUAGCACAAUUUCCUCCCCUGCACACGGGGAGAAGCUUCAUCUGCUACCGCGAUGUGAACAAGGCCAUAGAGAAGCACAGAGAGUUAUAUGGACUCCGUUUGGUGUUGAAAAGGGCGGUGAAAUUGGAGAAUUACUGCCUCACGGUGGACCAGAUGCGAGACCUGAAUUUUCGCUUGAAAUAUGGCGAAUUAGUUUAUCAGUGUUCUGUCGACAACGGACGUCCAGGGCGACCAGGCAACGACGAGCGGUGUCCACGCUUGGUGCGCUUGAGGUUGAGUCCUGAUGCACGUACAUUGGUCGUUUAUGACACACAUACUCAUGAGACCCCAAAAUCCCCAGGACAUUUCCAGAGUUUAUCUCCACCAUGUCCAGUCCCAGAACCUGCACCAGCGGGAUCAGAGGGAGUGGAGACCACUCCACCAGGACAGCAGCCUUCUCCGUCCACACCUCGACUACCUUUGCCAAAUUCUCAGCGGGUCACCACCACGCCAGAAGGGAACCAAACACCCACAUCAGCUCAUGGUUAUGAGAAGAUAACAGUCAAGCUAAAAAAGUCUCAAUUCUCUCCCAAUGAAAUGGUAGUUGUGGGCAGUGCAAGGGACGCUCAGGAACAGUUUGAACUUAGAAACUCACCAGAAAAAAUGACCACUACUUCAAAUGCCUCGGCCCCGAAAGUCAUAGAAAAGGCCACAGUCAAACCAAUCCAAAGACAACUCACUCAAAAAACCAUUGAUUUUUAUUCCACUCCAAAGGCCGAUAAACCACCUGUCAAGCCUGUGGAGAAGUUUAUCACAAAAAGUGCCGAGAGAGGGGUGACAAAGCCUCCCGAAAAAAUCACAAAACCUGCAGAAAAAGUUCUUGUAAAACCUCCAGAGAAAAUAAGUACAAAAUCCACAGAGAGAGCGGUAGGCAGGCCAAGUGAACGGGUUGCAGGACGACCUGCUGAUAAGGGAAACAACAGGCAGACUGAGCGAUCUGUAGGCAGGCCUCCGGUAAGGGUACCCCAGCGCACAAAUGAAAGAGCAAAUGUCAGAAAUUCUGGAACGGUGUCGAGUACCUCUGGAAAUGUAGUCGGCUCUUAUCCUAAGGCUAAUGGUGUUGGCCGGCCACCACUGGGCAUGAACAAGAAAGUUCAUAAAGGAAAGCGGACAAAAUCUGCAGAACCAAUCCUGGAUUUAACAUCACUUGCACCUUUGGACACAGAACUUGGAUUCAGUGAAAAGCAGCAGCUUGCCCAUGGUGUAUUACUUCGAUUACUGCGGAUUACAAGCCAGUUACCCAUGAUUGAGUUUACGCAUGCUUUGGAGACUCUUGAAAUGCUGACAGAUGCGUUUAAGCUGGAACAACGUGUUAAUUUGACUAUUAAUCAUGACCAUGAGGAAGAAACUAAUGGUGACUACCUUGAGGAAAUGUAUGAGGAGAGGGACAUGGAAACUGAGGACUAUAAUCAUCAUUUUUCUGAUAAUGAAAACGGCGUGAGCUCUACGACAAGCGAGCAUCAGGUAGCCAUUGGGCAGCUGGAUGGACAGGAAGAUGGAGCCAAUGAGAGUAGCAUUUUGGAGGAAGUAGAGGCAAGAGAAUCGCUGAAGAGAGCAGUUGUUGGUGAUGUAGUGUGUAAGGAAGGAGAUACUGAAUAUAUUGGUCAGUCUUGUAAAGUACCUAGACUAUCUAUGUGAAUUUGGUCACAUAAGUAGCUUCUGGAUACUGAUUUUAGAUUAAGCUUAAUUUUAGUCUUGAAAUCUGUCUCACAUAAAACUGUACUGCAUUUUUAUUUCAAGUUUAUAAAAUGCAGUUCUGAUUUAAAAGUUUGGCAAUAAGAACCAUACAAAUGUU